AUGAACCUCCCAUCUCAGCCCUCCUUUUUCAUCAGACCCUGCCCCAUCAGCCACCUCGGGGAUCACACAGUGUAUCAUGCAGCUUGGAGCAGGGACGGCAGCCUGGACAUCCCAGUGCUCAGUAUCCGUGGUGCCCAGGAGGAGGAGCCUCCAGAUCCUCAGCUAAUGCGCCUGGACAAUAUGCUGCUGGCGGAGGGCGUGGCCGGGCCAGAGAAAGGCGGUGGGUCGGCAGCUGCAGCAGCUGCAGCAGCGGCCGCAGGCGGCGUCGGAGCAGACAACUCUGCGGAACACUCUGACUACCGAGCCAAGCUGACCCAGAUCAGACAGAUUUACCACACAGAGCUGGAGAAGUAUGAACAGGCGUGCAAUGAGUUCACCACCCAUGUGAUGAACCUGCUGAGGGAGCAGUCUCGAACACGACCCAUCUCGCCCAAAGAGAUCGAGCGCAUGGUCAGCAUCAUCCACCGCAAGUUCAGCUCCAUCCAGAUGCAGCUAAAGCAGAGCACCUGUGAGGCCGUCAUGAUCCUGCGCUCACGCUUCCUCGACGCCAGACGAAAGAGGAGGAACUUCAAUAAACAGGCGACAGAGAUCCUCAACGAGUACUUUUACUCCCACCUCAGUAACCCUUAUCCCAGCGAGGAGGCCAAAGAAGAGCUGGCCAAGAAGUGCAGCAUCACAGUGUCACAGGUAUCAAACUGGUUUGGGAACAAGAGAAUCCGAUAUAAGAAAAACAUCGGCAAGUUCCAAGAAGAGGCAAACAUGUACGCAGCGAGGACCGCGGUCAGCGCCACCAGUGUGUCUGCUCACGGAAGCCAGGCGAACUCGCCGUCAACACCCAAUUCAGCAGGUUCUGCUGGCUCUUUUAACAUGUCAAACUCCGGAGACUUGUUCAUGAGUGUGCAGUCCCUCAAUGGGGACUCGUACCAAGGGGGGCAGGUUGGGGCCAACAUACAAUCCCAGGUGGAUACCCUUCGCCAUGUUAUCAGCCAGACCGGAGGAUAUAGUGACAGCCUCGCAGCCAGCCAGAUGUACAGUCCACAGGGCAUCAACACAAACGGUGGCUGGCAAGAUGCUCCGACUCCUUCGUCAGUGACAUCGCCCACAGAAGGACCCGGGAGUGUUCAUUCGGAUACUUCCAACUGAAUACAUCCAUCUCCACAACCUCAUCGACACAUGAAAACAUGGACUGACCUUCCUAUUCACAGUAUUAAACAAAGGAGUUUACUGACCCACAGUUUGGAAAGGUACUGUGAAAUCCUAACUAGAAAAAAACAACAACAUUUUCCUCUGAGAAUCACAUUGGACAUUUGGGAUACAAACACAAAGUUUCACAAUAAAACUCCAGAAAAAUACCGCAAUCAAUGAAGACGUUUGUACAGAUUUCACAUUAUAUUCAGAGGGCUGGGGUUACUUCUUCGCUCAUAAUGUUUUCACUCAUAAUGUUGAAAUGUUAUGAUAAAGUAAAUAGAUCCAGUCAUUGGUUUUAACUGAAAAUACUUCAUUCUACCUCUCAGCCACUAAAAAAAGUAGAAAAAAUGUCAGUGACCAUUAUUUCUUUUGUAAAAAUGAAACUUUUGUCUUUGCAAGCAGGAGGCACAUCUUCUUACUUACAUUUUGUUGUCUCUCACCUAUUCUAUGGUACGCCAUUUAGACUUAAAUAUUGCUCAGUUGUUUACAAAUGUGUGCUUGAUAAAAGUAUGUUCAUCUUCCCCGCUGUCUCCGACAAGUCAAAACAGAAGAGAUUUGACCUCCAAGGUAACCCUGUGAAGUAUGUUAUCUGUAAAAACAAUAAAGAAAUACUUGUCAUCAGAUC